AUGGAGAAAGACCUUCGGAACACCAUUCUUUUCAAUGCAUCCAAAAAGGAGAUAUUUACCACCAACAAUGGUUAUAAAUCCAUGCAGAAAAGACUUCGGAGUAAUUGGAAGAUUCAGAGCUUAAAAGAGGAAAUCACAUCUGAGAAGCUAAUUGGGGUGAAACUGUGGAUUACAGCUGGGCCAAGGGAAAAGUUUACUGCAGCUGAGUUUGAAGUCUUGAAGAAGUAUCUUGAUGGUGGUGGAGAUAUCCUUGUAAUGCUUGGAGAAGGUGGAGAAUCCAGAUUUGACACCAAUAUUAACUUUCUACUAGAAGAAUAUGGAAUCAUGGUUAAUAAUGAUGCUGUGGUCAGAAAUGUAUAUUACAAGUACUUUCAUCCUAAAGAAGCCCUAGUUUCCAAUGGAGUCUUGAACAGGGAAAUUAGCCGAGCUGCAGGAAAGGCUGUGCCUGGAAUCACUGAUGAGGAAAGUAGUGGAAAUAAUGCCCAGGACCUAGAUAUCCCUAAUUCCUUACAGUACUAUUUCUCUUCGUGGGAUAACCAAGGCGGGAAGCUGGCAGUGCUUGGGUCAUGUCACAUGUUCAGUGACCAGUAUUUCGAUAAAGAGGAAAACAGCAAAAUCAUGGAUGUUGUUUUCCAGUGGCUCACAACAGCAGACAUCCACCUGAACCAGAUUGAUGCUGAGGACCCCGAGAUCUCUGACUACAUGAUGCUGCCUGACACAGCCACCCUGUCAGAACGGCUUCGAGUAUGUCUGCAGGAAGGCGAUGAGAACCCACGGGACUUUACCACCCUCUUCGACCUGUCCAUUUAUGAGCUGGAUACCACCUCCCUCCCCAAGGUCAUCAAGGCUCAUGAACAGCUAAAUGUGAAACAUGAACCUCUGCAGCUUAUCCAACCUCAGUUUGAGACACCGCUGCCAGCCCUGCAGCCAGCUGUUUUCCCUCCUAGUUUUAGGGAAUUACCACCUCCUCCUCUGGAGCUGUUUGACUUAGAUGAGACGUUCUCCUCUGAGAAGGCACGGCUUGCUCAAAUUACUAAUAAGUGUACUGAAGAAGACCUGGAAUUCUAUGUCAGGAAGUGUGGUGACAUUCUUGGAGUGACCAGUAAAUUACCAAAGGACCAACAAGAUGCCAAACACAUCCUGGAGCACAUCUUCUUCCAAGUGGUGGAGUUCAAGAAAUUGAACCAGGAACAUGACAUUGACACAAGUGAAACAGCAUUCCAAAGCAGUUUCUGA